CCGAACGACCAUCCCUUUCGCGUUGCUUCCUGCGUCCGCUGAUCGAAGCACAGGCGACAGCCUCUCACUCCGCCUCAAAUCGCUUUCAUGCUCAGGUGAUUCUUGACGGUAUGAUCAGAGUGCUUAGCUAUCCUAAAAAAUCAAGUUUCAGAAAUGUUGUUUGUGCCAGAAUGUACUGCUCUAGUGAAAUAAAGAAGGACGUACUUGAUCCGGCAAAAGAAAUAUGCAACAUUAUGAUGUCUUGUCCGAAGCUAGGGGUUGCAACUGCACUUGAUCAGAGUGGUUUAAGGCCUUCAUCUGAAGUAGUGGAGGAGGUCCUGAAGAGAUUCGGGAAUGCAGGCAUGCUAGGGUAUCAGUUUUUUGAAUGGGCUGGGAAGCAACGUUACUAUGAGCAUAGUGUAAGAGCUUACCAUGCCAUGAUCGAGUCUUUGGCCAAGAUAAGGCAGUAUGAAAUCAUGUGGGAUCUUAUAAACGGCAUGAGGAGCAAAGGUUUGCUCAAUAUCGAAACUUUUUGUAUAAUUAUGAGAAAAUAUGCCAGGGCCCAGAAAGUUGAAGAGGCAAUUUAUACCUUCAAUGUCAUGGAAAAAUACAACGUCUCUCCAAAUCUAUCAGCUUUUAAUGGUUUGUUGAGUGCUUUAUGUAAAUCCAGAAAUGUAAGGAAGGCCCAGGAGAUUUUCAACAGCAUGAAACAUAAAUUUAUUCCAGAUCAGAAAACAUAUAGUAUAUUAAUAGAAGGUUGGGGAAGGGACCCCAAUUUGCCCAAGGCAAGGGAAAUUUACAAAGAAAUGGUUAAUGAUGGGUGUAGACCUGAUAUCGUGACGUACGGGAUCAUGGUUGAUAUCCUAUGCAAAGCAGGUAGGGUAGAUGAAGCCAUUGAAAUUAUCAAGGACAUGGAAGGUAGCGGUUGUUGGCCCACAUCCUUCAUAUAUAGCAUUUUGGUUCAUACAUAUGGAAUAGAAAACCGAAUUGAAGAUGCUGUUGAUACAUUUCUUGAAAUGGAAAGGAAAGGUAUCAGGGCCGAUGUUGCUAUUUACAAUGCUUUGAUUAGUGCGUUUUGUAAGGUAAACAAGCUCCAAAAUGCGUAUAGAGUUUUGAAUGAGAUGGAAUGUAAAGGGAUGAAGCCAAAUUCAAGGACAUGCAACAUCCUUCUGAAUUAUUUGAUAGAGCGUAAAGAAACUGAUGAGGCCUUUAAGGUCUUUCGAAGGAUGAUCAGGAUUUGUGACCCCGAUGCAGACACGUAUACUAUAAUGAUUAAGAUGUUCUGCGAGACGGGCAAUAUUAAGAUGGCUCUAAAAGUUUGGAAAUACAUGAAACAGAAGCAGUUUGUUCCUAGCUUGCACACUUUUUCUGUUCUUAUCAAUGGGUUGUGUGAAAAUGAGGAUGUUUCUCAAGCAUGUAUGUUAAUGGAAGAAAUGAUUGAGAAAGGAAUUAGGCCACCGAGGUUGACUUUUGGGAGGCUUAGGAAAUUGCUUAUAGAGCAACGGCGUGACGACGUGCUUGAAUUUCUACAUCAGAAGCUGAACCUAUUGGUAAAAGAGCCAUUAUGUGACUGAGAUGGCACGGUUCACUUGCUAAAUUAAACGAUCAUAAGUUGAUUUGCCAAAGGCUUCAUUUUUUAUAUUCAGGUCAACUUUUUUCUUCUAAAUAUUCCUUUCCGGUCUUGUAUGUUGUUCGUUCAAUAUCUAUUUAUUUUUGUGUUGGUCACCUGACUUUAGGGUGGCCUAGAUUAGGGUGACCUCCUUUGACUUUGAUGUCAAGCUUGUAUUUAGCAUACUUAUAAUUAAUUUUUUAGUGUUCCAACACCAAUUCUUUUGUAAUUAUAAUAC